AUGUCAGAUAUAGAAGACAUAGCUAAUUAUUUGGAUAUCCUGUUUACUGAUACACUUGAAAAUGAAUUUUCCCAAUUUUCAAUCAAUGAUAAUCACCCUUAUAGGCUUAAGCCUUUAGAGGGAAGACAUCGUGGUACAUUCUUAGAUGAUGAUUACGAGGAUGACGAUGAUUCGAUUAAAAUAAAAAGAAGGUUCGGAAGAAAUGGAAGAACUAAUGGGCAAGUGGUUAAUGAUAGCGCCAAAGUUUCUCCUGUAAAGAGGGUCACUAAUGACUAUCAGAAUCAUAUCAUGAGAAUGCGUUCAAAUCCUAAUAGUCCAAUAAAACAAACACAACCAGCUAAAGAUCAGGCGAAAUCAAAGCCUCCUGGAAAUAUUCUCAAGGAUUUGAGGGAGAUUGAUUUGAAAGGAAAAGCGAAGAAUGAAGGAAGAAAUAAAGAGAAUAAUGAAAACAAUGAUGAUAAAGACUUAGAAAUAAAUCAAUUGAAGAAUGAGCUAGCCAGCGCAAAAAGGGAAAUUGAUAGAUAUGCUCAGUUAUAUAAUGAUGAGAAAAGAAAGCUUGAAAUUUUGAAUGAACAACUCUCAUCGGGCAACCGCCCGUUGAACAAUCAAGAUAACAAUGUCAUGAAUGAUUUGAAAAUACAUCAAUUGAAUAAGGAGCUAACCAGUACGAAAAGGAAGCUUCAAGCACAAGUCGAUAAAUAUGAACGGUUUUAUAAUGAUCAAAUACGAGUUGUUGAGAAUAUGAAUCACCAACACCUAAUAGAGAGUCACGACUUGGAAAGAGAGGUUGAGAAUAAGAAGAGUGAAAUCUCCAAACUAAAAGAUGAAAUGAUAGAAAAGGAAUAUAAGAAUAAGGAAUUAGAUGCAACGAUAAAGCAAAAGGAUGCUCGUAUUGCAGCGCUAAUUCAACAACACGAGACAAGAAGGGUGAAGUUGCUCAAAUAUCAUAAUCUCUAUAAAGAUCUCGUAAAGAAAAUGAAUCAAACUUCUUCCUCGGCUUCACAGGGAGACGCAAAAGUCUCUUUUACACCAGACGUAGAGACUAAGAAUGAAAAAGUGGAGGAAAAAUCAUCCCAUGAGUUAAGUAAAGAAGCUUUGGAUCAACUUUUUAGUGCUUUUCGAAAAAUCCAAGAGGAAGGGUCAUACAAUCAAAAGCUCCCAAUAGAUCAACAAUCGAGGGGCAAUUCAUCUUCCCAUAAUUUGACUCAAUCCUUACCACGUCAUGCUAAUAAUAUCCCAUCUCAUGGUCAUGAAUUCCUUGGUCGCUCUACUACUCAGGGAUCCCAUCAGACUCAAAAUGCACCUUAUGCUAAUGCUCAAUAUGGCUUAUAUCAACCACAGACUCCUAUCAAUCAACAACUGAAUGGUAUAAGUUCAAAUUCGUAUAUGAAUCCUCCUGUUAAUUCUGUUCCACCUCCACCAGCAACCGGAUGGUCAGCUGCUACCAUUCCACCGACAAGUACUUACGGUCCUUCUCCACCACCUCCUCUGCAGUUUGUUCCGACUGAAAGUGCUGGUGCCAAUUCAGCUGAGACUUACAGUGCCCCAAUGAGUAGUCGAAGUGCUCCUGUUCAAGGUUAUGCUCCACAGCUCGUACAUAGUCAAAGUGUUCCAUUUCAAGCUUAUGCGCCACAAUCAGUCAAUACCAAUGGAGGUUAUGCUCCACAAUCAGUCAAUACCAAUGGAGGUUAUGCUCCACCACCACCAACACGUAACGCAAAUUAUGAUCCACAACCAAUGAAUCCAACUCACGCUUAUCAACAAGUUCCGACGUCUGUGCCAGUUGCAGAUACCACUAAUCAGCAUUCGAAUGCAAAUGUGGGUACAAAUUCUGUUAGGUUUGAUACUAAUCCUAGCGAGAGUCGAUCACGCAAAAGUAAUGAGAAUGAAACUACAAAGAGAGAUGACCCAUCUUUACAACAGAGUAACGCACAGAGGACAACCUUGGAUCCAGCUGCAACUUCAACUUCCCUCCGUCAAGAAGUUGUGAAUGUCUUGAAUGACUUGAUAGUAACUAGCACCAGGAAUGGAGACAAAGCAAAUAGGAAAACUAUGGAAGAUGAUGCCUUUGAAGUACGCAUUAGUCAUAUUCAUGGGGAUCAUUGUCGUUGUGAGGCAUGCUUAGGUCAUCAAAGAAAGAAAGCAAUGGCUAGUGGAGAUACCAAUGAAGUGGAUCCAAGCCGAGACAAUACUUCAAUUUACUUUUUCGGAUCAGAUGCUAUAUAUAAGUAUAAUAAGUAA